ACCAGAACAGCUUCUCUGGUUCUUUCUGUCUGUCUCUCCUUUUUUUCUUCCAAAAGUUCUCUUUUUCUCAGCUAACCUGCAAACAUUUUAAAGCAAGAGGGAGUUGGGAUCACUGUCAUGUCUACAGGUUCUGCAUCGAUGAACACCAGUGGUAGUCCAGGAGCAGAAGAGAUCCUCACAGAAAUCCACGAUAAUCUGUUAGAGUGCAAAGUCUGUUUUGAGACCUUCUCUCUACAGCAAAGAGAGCACAGACCCCAGAAUCUGUCCUGUGGCCAUGUGCUCUGUCUGGAAUGUGUCUAUGCUCUGUCUAAGCCCUUCCUGGACAGACUGGAGUGUCCCUUCUGCAAGAGGCCUUGUGAUGUCGGGGGAAUUUCAGACUGCUGGGCUCUUACUGACCUACAAGACCUGCUGCUUUACAGGAGCCCUAGGUCCCCCCGUCGGCGUCUAGUAAGAGAGCACGAAAGCUGGGGGAAAGGCCUUGGAUCAGGGUCUUUGCAUCUAACCACAGCCUUCGGUGGAUGGGGACGUCUCAUCAACCCUACAGGGCUGGCUACAUUCGAGACAUCAGGGGCAAUAGUGGUGGUGCAUGCUGGUGAUAAAAGAGUUACCGUCCAUAGUUCCACUGGCAAACACCUGCAUGGCUUUGGGCAAGCUGGGCAUGGCAGUAAAGAACUUUGCCACCCUCUUGAUGUGGCAGUGGCUCCCGGUGGGCACAUUGUGGUGACUGAUGCAGGGGACAGUUCAGUUAAGGUUUUCUCCUCCAGAGGUAGACCUAUCGUGACAAUUCAAGAGCCUUUCCAGCUGCCUUGGGGCACUGAUGUGGAUACCAAUGGGCGCAUACUGGUGACAGAUACAAAAGCGGGCACUCUCACCCAAGUGGUAAUGGACUUUUCUCGCAGAGUGAUUUGUGAUAAGCGAGUGGUUCUAACAGGGCUGCAGUGUCCACGAUCAGUGGCUAUCUGCCCUGUGACAGGGAACACUGCUGUGUUGGAGCAUCUGGAGGACUGUGUGCAGAGUCAAGGGGGCUCCAGGCCAAAACGGCUGCAGGUGUUUGGAAAAGACUUCACUCUUCUGUCUCUGGUAGAUAGUUUUAGUCUGACUUCGAUGACCCCAGGAAGGCUGAGUAUAUCUUCUGUGGCCUUUGACAGAGUAGGGAAUGUGAUUGUGUCAGAUACACAGCAAGGAGCUAUUUGGAGUUUGGGCACACUACCCAAAACACCUGUGCUAACUCCACUUGUCUGUGAAGGACUAGUGUAUCCAGUGGGGUUGGUGGUGACCGCACAGAACACACUGAUUGUCCUGGACAGUGGAGAUCACACAGUGAAGCUAUAUAGUCUGCCAUCCUAAGAUUACUUCACUCAUUCACUCAAGUAUGGAAUGCAAUAUUUUAUAAGAUGCUGAACAGAAUUCUAAACAAAAUUUAUUUAAGGGUGGUGUGGCAGUGGUU